CACCAAACUUUAAAGCGGUGGUAUAAAAAUCAAAAAUGUCAAAGUAAAACCAGCACCAAAACGACGAACCUCCUCAAACCCUAAUUUUAAUACCAUAUCCGAAUCUAAGAAACCAUGGAAGCCAUUGAUUCAGCAAUCGAUCCUCUCAGAGAUUUCGCUAAGAGCAGUGUUCGUCUCGUCCAGCGCUGUCACAAACCCGAUCGCAAGGAAUUCACUAAAGUUGCUGUGCGUACGGCGAUUGGAUUUGUGGUGAUGGGAUUCGUUGGCUUCUUCGUGAAGCUCGUCUUCAUCCCAAUCAACAACAUCAUCGUUGGAUCUGCUUAGGAUUAUAUAAUACUUUACGAGGCAAAUGCGCGAGGAGUAGGCCAAGAAGAAUGACAUUAUCAGCCUCUGGGGAAGCUCGAUGUCCCUGCUAUGUUUUUGUAGCCAAAAAAUAUAUGUUCUUAUACGAAUUUCACUUAUCAUUUUCUUCUCUCUUGUUCCAAGUUUUCAUCAUCAUCCCCUUUUUUUUAUUUAUGUAUGAAAAUACAAUUUUUAGCCAAGUAUAUCUUUAAAGUCUAAAUCUCAAA